UGUUCCCCCCAGGGCUGCCAGAGAAACGACUCUCUCCUGUUCUCUCAUCGGUUCUACACCGUAAACCCGCAGUUUGACGCACGGAUUUUUUUCCUCUUACUUCUUCUUUUUCUGCGUGAUUGAUUUGCGGUGCGCAAUUAAAAAGAAGAAACCUGGAGCGCGCGUCCACAGAGAGAGAGAGAGAGAAGGGCACGAUGAGCCCACGGAUGAUCACUGUCCCAUUGUGAGACCUGGACAGACCAGGACGCGGAUAUUGUGUGCGUUUCGUUUAUUUACUCCAGGAGGGAACUCUUAGUGAAGUGUGUGACGCGAAAAAAUAAAAGAAAGAAGAAAUCCAACAAAUCUAAGGACAUCUGGACUUUGCGCGUUAUUUCCGAGCGCGCGGUUCACGCAGGAGGUCAGCGCACAGCGGAGAGACAUGGUUUGGGUUUGAUAUGUAAUGGAUUUCUAAAAAAAAUAAAAAUAAAAAAAGAUUAAGCAGAAGAAGAUCCACAUAUUGUAGCAUGAGAGGAUUUCUACAGAGAAAUAGAACUUUAAGGCUUUGAAGCAGAUCAAAGGAUCUAAGCGCGCGACUUGUGUCUCAUCAAACGGUGUGUUUCAAAGCACCGGGCAAAGUGCAGCGGGACAAAAAAACAAAAAAGUUUUUUUCUCAACAACAGAGACGUGUAACCAGGGGUCGCCAAUGCCUGGCGUCAGCGUCUGAGCUGAUCACAAGACAUACGUUUCUUCGUCAAAAUGUGGAGCAUCUGUAAGUUCUUCAUUACCGUGUGCCUGGCAGAACUUGCUUUAUCGAGAAGCAUCACGACUCAGGAAGCUCGCUCGAAAGAUUCCAGAGUGCAGCGCCCGACUCUUCAGCCGGGCUUCCCCGAGAACACCACCGUGCUCGCCGGGGGCCAGGUGAAACUAGUAUGUAAAGUCCACCGGCCAGCCACGACACGUCUCCAGUGGUUCAAGAAGGACAGGGAUCGCCUGGGGCCUGACGGAUCACCGCUUCUCAAGCCCCUCACUCCUCUUCAAGACAAUGUCUCCAAAGUCAACGUUCUUCCUUUAGUAAAUGUCACCUUGGAGGAUGCAGGAGAGUAUAUAUGCAUGGUGAAAAACAAAGCUGGAUGGACUAGUAAUUCGGCAUGGUUGGAAGUCUUAACAGAAAUCCUUCCUGCUGAAUCUAUGGAGCAGCUGACUACAGCAGAGAAUCCAACAGAAGUUUCAGAGGAGCAGAGCGAAGAAUUGUCGGAAUACCUCCUGCUCGAACCGGGUGAUGUUCUCAAACUGCGCUGUGACACAAACCGCCCAGGACUGAUCCACUGGUACAAAGGAGAUACCCGAGUGCAACAUAGCGCUCGUAUCCAGAUCAGAGCAGGAGUUUUGGAGAUUACAGACGCGACAUACGAGGACUCGGGGGUCUACACGUGUACGAUCCGUGGCUCCAGAGAGGCUUUGCGGAACUUCACCAUCACAGUUGCAGAUGCAUUGGGAUCUGGUGAUGAUGAUGAGGACGCUGGUCAGGAAGACUCGGUUACAGAGGCGGAAAAUGAUCAAGUCUUCUUCUCCAGAGGUCCAUACUGGACUCAUGUUCAGAGAAUGGAGAAAAAGCUUUAUGCUGUCCCAGCUGGAAACACGGUCAAAUUUCGCUGUCCAGCUACGGGAAGCCCUCUGCCUACAAUCCGCUGGCUGAAGAAUGGCAGGGAAUUCAGAGGAGAGCACAGGAUUGGAGGGAUCAAGUUGCGGCAUCAGCACUGGAGCUUGGUCAUGGAGAGCGUGGUGCCGUCAGACCGUGGGAACUACACUUGUGUGGUGGAGAACAAAUACGGCUCCAUCACUCAUAGCUACCUCCUCGAUGUGUUGGAACGCUCUCCUCACAGACCCAUUUUACAAGCCGGUCUACCAACCAACACAACAGCCGUGGUCGGAGGGGAUGCCCAGUUCCAUUGUAAGGUCUACAGUGAUGCGCAGCCGCACAUUCAGUGGCUGAAGCACAUCGAGAUGAACGGCAGCCGGUACGGACCUGAUGGCAUCCCAUACGUCAAGGUCGUCAAGACGGGCAGCUUGAACAUGUCCGAGGUGGAGGUCCUGUAUCUGACGAAUAUCACGAUGGAGGACGCUGGAGAGUAUACCUGUUUAGCUGGAAACUCUAUCGGGUUCUCGCACCAGUCUGCAUGGCUCACGGUCCUAUCUGAGGAAGAAGUGACCAAAGAGGUGGACCUUAUGGAGACCAAGUAUACUGACAUCAUCAUAUACGCCUCAGGCUUCCUGGCAUUGGUGAUGGCUAUCGUGAUUGUGGUUCUGUGCCGAAUGCAGACCCACCCCAGCCGGGAACACUUUGAUACCCUUCCUGUGCAGAAACUUUCCAAAUUUCCUCUUCGCAGACAGUACUCCGUCGAGUCGAACUCCUCCGGGAAGUCCAGCGCUUCUCUAAUGAGAGUGGCGCGUCUUUCAUCCAGCUGCUCGCCAAUGUUAGCCGGAGUCAUGGAGUUCGAGCUUCCCUACGAUCCUGACUGGGAGUUCCCGAGAGAGAAUUUGACUUUAGGGAAACCUCUCGGAGAGGGUUGCUUUGGUCAGGUGGUGAGAGCGGAGGCUUAUGGAAUAAACAAGGAUAAUGCAGAUCAAAUAACCACUGUGGCCGUCAAAAUGCUGAAAGAUGAUGCCACGGACAAAGACUUGGCGGACCUUAUCUCCGAAAUGGAGCUUAUGAAGGGCAUGGACAAGCACAAGAACAUCAUAAAUCUUCUCGGAGUUUGUACUCAGGAAGGUCCGCUCUACGUGCUGGUUGAGUAUGCUUCCAAAGGUAGCUUGCGUGAGUACCUACGAGCACGCCGUCCUCCCGGAAUGGACUACACCUUCGACGUGACCAAGGUCCCUGAAGAGCAGCUCACGUUCAAGGACCUGCUCUCUUGCGCCUACCAAGUGGCACGAGGCAUGGAGUACCUGGCUUCUAAAAGGUGCAUUCACCGAGACCUAGCAGCAAGGAACGUUCUUGUCACAGAAGAUAACGUCAUGAAGAUUGCAGAUUUUGGUUUGGCGAGAGGCGUGCAUCAGAUCGAUUACUACAAGAAAACCACAAAUGGACGCCUGCCAGUGAAAUGGAUGGCACCAGAGGCCUUGUUUGACCGAGUCUACACACACCAGAGCGAUGUUUGGUCUUUUGGAGUCCUGAUGUGGGAGAUUUUCACGUUGGGAGGCUCGCCGUACCCUGGGAUCCCAGUAGAGGAGCUUUUCAAGCUGUUGAAAGAAGGCCACCGUAUGGACAAACCCUCUAACUGCACGCAUGAACUCUACAUGAAGAUGAGAGAAUGCUGGCACGCAGUUCCUACGCAAAGGCCGACCUUCAAACAGCUGGUGGAAGAGCUGGACAGAGUGCUGCUGUCUAUUUCAGAUGAGUACCUCGACUUGUCGACCCCUUUCGAACAGUACUCUCCGUCGUGUGAGGACACUUCCAGCUCAUGCUCUUCAGACAACGAUUCAGUGUUUACCCACGAUGCCUUGUCCACCGAUCCGUGCCUGCUCGGUUAUCACGACGUACGCUCUCGUCUGGACAUGAAGACGGCGAUACGAUAAGGGUUCGACCAGACUCCAGUUUAUGGAUACCGUUUAAAAAAACACUCACACGAUCUGCGGAACAAAGCAGUCACACGAGGAGCGGACUUUGGCCCACGAUCGCUCUGCGCAAAAGAACAUUAUCACCUUAAUGCUUGGCACUAGAAUAACCUGGUGACAAAAAUGGCUGCCUCAAAUAUUCAGGUUUCUAAUACAGUUAGGACUGGACUGCCUGGUAAAGAAGUCUCGGUUCCCUUGUGUAAUGAAGAAUAAAUGCUGCUUAUUAUGUCUACAGUAUCUGAGCAGCAUGGAAACUGCAUAGAAGUGUGCUGUAUCAACCAGAUGUUGUUGUUUUUUUUUUAAAGAGAACAUUUAUUUUGAUAUAAAAGUUGAUAGCAUUGUUAAAUAUAAAAUUCUCUCUAUAUAAAGAUUAUUAUACUUUUCCUAUUUAAAGAUUUGUCUUAAAAAUCUCAGGAUCUCGCAUCGGUGAAAUCGCUGCAGUGGCAGCGAUGUGCCUGAAUUAUGAUUUCCUGUGAAAAUAUUUUAUGUACAUAUCAUCGAAUAAGACAAUUACCUUCUAUAAAUUAUUCUAAAGCAUAUGAAGUUAAGGUGUUGAGUGAAGAGUCUGGGCAUCGCGUCACAUUUCGUCACAGGCGAAGCGGAACGGUUUAGUCGAGUUUGCAAGGACAGCGCUGAUAAAAAAAAAAAAAAGCCGAGCCCCGCGCCAGCGUCGCUAUGCUGUGCAGAGAGGAAAGGACUGAAUUGAAUGUGAAAACCACCCCUGAGGCAGAUGAUUGAUUUAAAAUGGGAGAAUCCUCCAUUGUAACCUUUUACCUAGCGUAGAUUGUUUGCAGGGUCCAAGCGCAGGCCAAGUUGGACAAUAGGUCCAUGCAGAUGUAAUGGGUGUGACCACAGGACAGGGUGAUUGGGGGGAUUGUCUGAGCCUGCGUGCAAAUGAGCUGGCCCCUUAUUAUGGUAAUGGAUCCAGCUGCCCAUCCACUAUCUUUUUUAUAUAGAAAUUCUAAUGGUGGCCUUUUCUGAGCAAACUCUGCAGUGUUCUUCAGGGAAUGCGAGGCCUCACCCGCAAGCUGAUAAGACAGCUUUCUCAAGUUAAUUUACUUGCUGCUUUUAAUGCCUAGCCAGCGAUGCUCCUCCGAAUCCCUCGGGGGGGAAAAACAUUCGGCCCCUCCGUGUGCGCAUCCAAAUGAGUCGACCAGCCAGUCCUCCCUCUUUUAUAUGCAGAGCUGAAAAUGGCAUUAUCUUACAAGAGCUUUGACCAGGGGGCUCGAACGAAAAAAAAUAGUCACAUCCCUUUACGUGGCCUAAAAGGAUGAAGAAAGCAAGAAAGAAAAAAAAAUAAACUGCAUGACAUUCCAUUUAUGUACUCCAUAUAAAAGAAAAAGAUAUAGCAAUCAACAAUGUUCUUAUGCAUUUUCCCUUGAGAGAAUUAUUUUAGAAAUAUCUAAUUUAUUUGUUUAUUGUGUUGUUUUAUAUUAA